GCGGUUGUUGUAGAGACCAGUAGCUCGCUGCCCCUGGUGCCUUGCUAAAUAACUAGCAUCAGUGCUGUCACGACUAGCCUGUGUUCGCAUCUGCUUACAGUUAACGGAACGCGUUACAAGUAAAGUUAACGAUCACAUCUUUUUUAGCGAUGUACGCGCAUUCUGUGGCGGUUUGUGGCAUUAUUUCUUUUCAGCUGCUUGAGUACAUGGCGCUGACUACCCAAAGGGGAGAUCAAAUUAGGAUAGUCAAGUUAAAAAUGGGGAUUCCCAGCUCUUGUAAUGGCCACCUCGGGCUUCAUAGGUGAGAUACAGCCAGCAGCCCAACCCCAGGGGGCUGGUGUUAGCGUCACACCGGGGCAACCUGAUGCCAGUUCUACCCCUGCAACUGCCCCUCAAUUUCUGGCUGAGAUUCAGACUGCGGUGGCCACACCCACUGUUGUCACAUCCACAGGCCAAACUACUCCCACUGAUCAAGUUACCACUAUCACCACUCCGAAACUGGCAGAUGGUAGUCUAGCCCAAUCCACAGCACAGACCCAGGCUCCUCAAACACAGUAUGUGACUGCAGAGAUCCAGGGCUCCCCCUCGCAGUCUGGAAAUGCUCAAAGCACUCCUCAGUACAUUGUUGUUACAGUCACAGAGGGCUCCCUUCACUCAAGUGACAGUGUGUCGGACUCUAGCCCCCCUCCAGCUGUGGUGCAAACAGGAGUUCCCACACAUGUUGUUCAGCAGGUUCAGACGGCUCAACAGAGGUCUGUUGUGCAGGCCACCUCUCAAAUAGCCAAGACUGAGCCAGGCACUCAGCUCAGUGUUACCAGUCUACAGCCUGUUCAUAUCAGCCAGGAGUUCCUCCCCAGCACCGAGGUGACAGCGUUAGUCAGGGAUAACAAUCUAGAAGAAUGCCAGCUACCAGAUGAGAUAGGACAGCCAGAGUGCCAGGCCUGGGCAUCAGCAGACUACGAAAGGGAAGGCUGCUGCAAGCCUCUCUACCUCCCAUUGGACGUCCUUCAGUAUUACCAAUCACUGUACCUUCUCUCUGUGCAAGAGAAAGAGAUAGGAGCCCACCCUGCAGUCACAAGCUCAGGCCCCGAUAAGCCACCAGUGCAGGCUACAACUACCACUUUCCAAGUUCAGCAGCAGCUCACACCAGUGCCAGUGCAACAUGUGUACGCCAAUCAAGUGCAGUAUGUGGAAGGAGGAGAGACCAACUACACCACCAGCACAAUCCGUUCCAGCGCCUUUCCUUACACUGACACACCCUUGUACACCCAGACCACAGCUGCCCAGUAUUAUGAAGGUCAGCCAACUACAGGCUCAUCCACCCCUGGCACACCUCUAACCGUCUCUGUGACUGCUGGCACAACAGGGGGUGUGUCCAUGUUUGUUGCCCAGCCUACCAGUGCAUCAGGGGGCGGGGCCACAGUGGUGACCACAGGUGGCACCACCAAUGGGGCAGGUGAAGGUGCUGGCACCAAUGGUGGCGCAGCAGGCAGCUAUGUGAUCCAGGGGGGUUACAUGCUAGGCAGCAGCGGAGGGGCAGUUGGCAACAGUCAAAACUACUCACACACAGCCCGCGCCUCCCCAGCCACUGUGAGUAUUACAGAGGGCGAGGAGAGUAGCGUGCCGUCGGCAGACAAGAAGGUACAGUGGUUGCUGGACAACUAUGAGACAGCUGAAGGAGUGAGUCUGCCACGUUCCACCCUCUACUGCCACUAUUUACUGCACUGCCAGGAGCAGAAACUAGAGCCUGUUAAUGCUGCCUCUUUCGGGAAACUCAUUAGAUCUGUGUUCAUGGGGCUACGCACACGACGCCUGGGCACACGGGGUAAUUCCAAAUACCACUACUACGGGCUGAGGAUCAAGGCAGGUUCCUCUCUUCUCCGUCUGAUGGAAGACCAGCAACAUCUGGCCAUGAGGCAACAGCCCUUCUCACAGAAACAGAGGUUAAAGCCUGUGCAUAAAGUUGAGGGAAUGACCAAUGGCACAGCAGCAGCAGCAGGAGCAGGCCAGCAGCAGGGGUCAGGGCAGGUGGACAUCAGCACCCAGGUUCAGCAGUACCAGCAGUUCCUAGAUGCAUCACGCGCUCUCCCAGAGUUUCCAGACAUCGACCUCCAAGGGAAGUCUCUGCCAGAGGGAAUUGAGGUGGAGCACAUCAAGAGCUUUCAGCUGCUGUACAGAGAACACUGUGAGGCCAUACUAGAUGUGAUGGUCAACCUGCAGUUUACUCUGGUGGAAACUCUGUGGAAGACCUUCUGGAGGUUCAGUCAAAGUCAGGCUGGAGAUGCCACAUUGGCUGUUCAUGAUGAGUCAGAAAAGCGCCUCCCGAAGUCCUGCCUCGUGUUGCUGUGCAAGUAUGAUCCGGUGCUGCGCUGGAGCCGGGACUGUGACAACAGCCUGUACCAGGGCCUGGUGGAAAUUCUCAUCCCUGAUGUCCUCAGGCCCAUUCCCAGUGCCUUAACUCAAGCCAUCCGCAACUUUGCCAAGAGCCUGGAGAGCUGGCUGACCAAUGCCAUGAUGAACAUCCCAGAGGAAAUGGUCCGCAUCAAGGUAACAUCAGCCAAUGCAUUUGCCCAAACACUGCGUCGCUACACCAGUCUCAACCACCUCGCCCAGGCAGCCCGUGCCGUCCUCCAGAACACGGCCCAGAUCAACCAGAUGCUCUCUGACCUCAACCGCGUCGACUUUGCUAACGUCCAGGAGCAGGCUUCAUGGGUGUGCAGGUGUGAAGACCGUGUUGUUCAGCGGCUGGAGCAGGAUUUCAAGCUGACCCUCCAGCAGCAGAACUCCCUGGAGCAGUGGGCUGCCUGGCUGGAUGGUGUAGUCUCCCAGGUCCUAAAGCCCUACCAGCAGAGCCCUGCCUUCCCAAAGGCCGCCAAGCUCUUCCUACUCAAGUGGUCCUUUUACAGUUCCAUGGUGAUCAGGGACCUGACUCUGAGGAGUGCAGCCAGUUUUGGUUCCUUUCAUCUGAUCCGCCUGCUGUACGAUGAGUACAUGUACUACCUGAUAGAGCACAGAGUGGCCCAGGCUAAAGGAGAGACCCCCAUUGCUGUCAUGGGAGAGUUUGCCAGUUUAGGCCGGAGUCUAAACCAGCUGGAUCCCGACAAAGAAGAGGAAGAGGAAGAGGAAGAGGAAAGUGAUGAGGAAGGUCAGGAGCUGUCCCUUCCCUCAGACGGGGCUGUGCUAGGAGACGAGUCUCUGGAGCCGCCUGCCAAGCUGGCCAGAAUAGACCAGAGAGUCCUCUUCACAACCGGAUCAGCUGACAACUAACCACAGAGUAACACUAUCAGACCAGUGGGUUGAUUAUAUUGAAUAUGCACGCACACACAGAUGUACAAAGAACACUAAUUUAUACACUCAACACAUGUAUAUAGAUCUGGAAAAAGUGUGUGCACACUCUUGCAGCAUACUGUAACGGCCCCAUUUGUUUACACACACACACACACACACACACAAUCCAAACUUUCAGCACUACUGAUGCCUGGACGACACAACCACCUGUUGGCACCAUUGCAAUAGGAUGUGGCUUCAAAAGAGAAACAGAGCAUUUAACCCUUAGUUGUAUUUAUUUGUAAAAAAAAUUAACUAAAGCCAGGCGUUUUUUUUUCUCUCAUUGCAUUGCAACCUGUAGCCGCGCUGUCUCAUGCUGAGUACCUCACCGUAGAUCCUCCUAGAAUUGCCACUGCCGUGUCAAUGUGGUCUUGAAAAUACUGCGUGUGUGUGUGUGUGUGUGUGUGCGUGCGUGUGUGUGCAAAGGUAACUUCUACAGGACAAGGGUCCAAAGUGAACCUUCAACAUUUAACAGCUAGCGUAGCUGUCUCCUUCUGAUGGGAAGAGAGACUGCAAGCGGUAGUGAUGUUUGAGUGGGUUUGUCUUCUUCGUUUGUGUGUUUUUCAUUUGAGCACUAGGGUCACCCCACUCUGUUGUUACUUUUGGAGGCUAAAUGAACAUGCCUUUCCGUGAUGGUGUGUGUACAUGUAUGUGUGUGUCUGGCUGCGUGACUAUGAGUCAUGCCAAGUGUUGACUGUUUCCUCUGUAGAUAUUUUUUAAGACAUGCAGGUUUUGAUUUGCGAUACAUGUGUAGAUUUCCUGCUUGAUUUUAUUCUCCUGUAUAGAAAUGUUCUUGUGGUCUUGGAGUGCCUGUCGCAGCUGCCACACACACACUUGUAAAGAAAAAGCUAUGGCUGUGGAUUUGGGGCUCUCAUUAGUUGCUGCAAAAAUCCCUCUCUCUUUUAUUUAAGAUCUGGAUCCAUGAGAGAGGUACUGUAUGUUUCAUAUUUUUAUGUUUAAAGUGCUUCAUUCCUGUCCAUCCAAUCCUCUGUGGCCUCAUUUUCCUUUGACAUACAGUAUCAUUUUCCCACCUUAUUUCAAUAUACUUUUCCAUAUGUGUGCCAAACCCGUUUGAUCCCAUUGUUUUUAAAUUCUCUUUCUAUGUUUUAAGGAGGACAGUGCCUGAGUAAGAACGGGGAUAUACAUAUAUUAUACUGUAUAUUUAUCCACUAUUUUGAAUUUUGUUGUCACUAAGUGAACCUCUUGUGCAGUGUAUGGUGCUGUGUUGUCACACAUUGUAAGCAACCUUUGUGUGCAUUAUUGAUUUGUGAUUGUACGUUCCGUUAUCAAUCCUCUAUAUCUUAUGACUUUCCACAAACAGGCUAAGGCCCUGCCUCUUUGCACAUAUUGACUAUUGUCUUUAAAUCUCUGACAGUUAUCUGAAAUGUUUUUCAUUUUCUUAGAAGUCUUUGGUGUGUUCUUUUCAUUGGUGAGGUGCAGGUGUCAGAUUUGCGUGCGAACAUCUCGUUACCACUCUGUGUGGUGAGAGGUGAGAUCGCUCUUUCUGCGCAGUCCUCCACCGACACCCAUCUCCCUCCACUGUGCUUUCAUCUCACUGCGUUUCCGCCCUCCUGCCAAUGGCUUUGUUUUGCUUCAAACAUCCAUAUUCUUAAACACUGUUCAUUAAGAUUGGUUGUUAUAAACAUGUCAUUUUGGGAUUUUUGAAUGCAAUGUCUUUAAAUAGCUGCAAUGUUCAUGUUUUCAACAAGCAUUGCCAGCCUCAAACCAGCACGUUAUCCUUUAUAUGGAGUCUAAUUCUACCACAGCUCCGUACAUAUCACUCCAGUCUUUUAAUGAUCUACAGCAUAUAGAAUGGCCAUUGUUUACCCAAUAAGAAAAAUGUUUAGUUAAUUUUUAUAGUGCAUUGUUUCUUAUGUACAAAACAAAUUGAGAAAAAAUGUUGUUCCGUGGCAGUGUUUAAUUGAAUUUGGUCUGCUAUAAGUAUGACUGUGCCUUUGGAGGUGGUAGAAUGCAAUUCAGAUGUUUUUAAUUUUAAAGAUAUAAAUUAAAGAAUUUUUAAAAUUG